CAUACAAGUUGGUGGACGCUCAGUAGGUAAACGCGCUUGCGUUCAAACUAUUGUGUCGCGGUCGGUAAAGUUUGAACAGGACAGUGUCGAUAGACCGAUGAAAUCGACUGUCUAAUGCCAAAAAAACGAAAUCGAAUCCCAGUGAUACAUUUAGUUCCUAUCCAGUGCAGUGAAGAGCCAACAUGGAUUGGUUCGCGAUGUGUGAACGGUAUGCAUUUUUGAAAUUCCGAUAGAGUUGGAAAGUUGCGGUGCAGUGUUUAUUUUAGAAUAGGACCGACUGUGGUUUAUUUUUAAAUGGUGAAAUUGUUUGGGAAAAUGUACAGACCUCGCACCUGCUAUGUUGAUGUAAUAAUAUGGGGCUUCGUGGUCUACCUGGCCCUUCACAUGCCCCUAAUUGAGAUGAGGACCAAUGAUGAUGAGAUGCAGAAAUAUGUCACUGAGCAACCUGCAGCAUCAACAGAGAAGCCGGAGCCCGAGGUCCCGAGCCUCAAGGACGGGAGAUGCUUCCACAUGCCCCGCUCGCAGUGCCCCACCAACGGCACAGCUUGCAAGAAGAUCGGACAGGUGUCUGUCUUCUGCUGCAACGUCGACAGCUUCAGACUUAAGGAGGGGCUCACUAUGACCAUGAACCAAAACGUGACAAAUCUUCACGUUUUAAACGCCAGCAUCGAGGAACUGAACGUGUCUACGGCGCAGUACCGUCGUCUUGUCUCCAUGGCACUGACUGAUGGAAAUAUUGGGAAGAUUGUUGCUGAGGAGGAUAAUACUAGUCAGUUCCCCAAGCACUCCUCAAUAGCCUGCCUGAACAUUUCUCACAAUAAUCUCACCAGUGCCAAGUUGGAGCCGUCGAACCAGCGUCCGUUCGCAUACCUCUUCAAUCUGACCAUGCUCGAUGCAUCAGCCAACAACCUGACCGAGUUUCCUCUCAGCCUGGUGCAGAGCAAUCGGAAGAUUACUGUGGAUUUCUCAGGAAACGACUACCUCCCAUGCAAACACUUCCAGAAGGCAAUGGAAGCUAACAACAGCUUCUUGGUGACGUUCAAGAACUACGAGAAGACGAAGUGUGCCCUCGACUUGCAGUUCAACUGGUUUGCAGAAGUGCAAAUUGUGAACAUUGACCAUCUUAAGAAACAGAAAGAGCUGAACGCUAGCUGCGCGCUGAUCCAGCCGCCGAACAUGAACUGCACGUGCGUGCUCAACCGGCUAGAGCUGCUGGGCGGCGAGGUCACCAACCUGGUGGAGGUGGACUGUUCACAGCGCCACCUGCGCGAGAUGCCCACUAACCUGCCCGCCAACACCGUCAAACUCAACGUCUCUUAUAACAACAUAACGUCCCUCCAGGCGGUGGCGGACGACCCCACAUACGAGCACCUGCGUCAGCUGAUCGUCGACUACAACGACAUUCAGAGCAUCGUGGAACUCGAGGGCACCAAGUUCAUCGACAACUUCAUGCUGUUCUCCAUCAGCCAUAAUAAGCUGAAGACCAUCCAUACAUAUGUGUUGUCAAACAAGUUCGACACGACGAGUCUGUAUACCACUUUCGGGAUCGCCGAAAAUUACAUACAUUGUGACUGUAACACUGAAAAGGUGCUAAAGCCCUGGCUGUUAGAAAACUUCAAAAAUAUCCCAGAUUACAAGAGUUUGCAGUGCCAAGACAAUAUGGGCCCCGUGGUCGACCUAAUAGAGUUCCAAGUCUGUCACACGCCUCGAGAUUGGACGGACUAUAUUUACUAUAUUAUAGGUUUAGAAGCAUUAGUACUAAUUCUACUUAUAAGUAAAGUAUCGUAUGAUUAUUGGGUGUUUAAGACUGCAGGAUACUUACCCUGGCCAGCCAAUAAGAUGCCUCGAUUGCCAUGUGAUUGGCUCUGCGAGUGAUUCUGAUUGGCUGGACGGUUUGUUGCGUGAUAAUGCUGCGAUGUGAUUGGUUGAAAUUGUGAUUGUAUUAGAGUACUGACGUGAAGUUGGCUUUGUCGUAUGUUGUAUUUGAUGUCAAUGCUUGUGAAGGUAUUGUAUCGGCUAAUAUUUUUAAUUGCAAAGAAUUUAGUUUUUUAAUUAAGUAUAAGAAAGACAUAGGUAAAUAUGAAAGAAAUGAAUGUGUAAACCUACAAAUUACGAAACAUAACGUAUGCUAGAAGCGUAAUAAAUUAAUAGAAAAUAUCAAAUUUGGAACUGUCAAAGAUAGUUCUAUUUCUAUCCGCUUGUUGCUUUUUAUAAGGAAUGAUGGCGCCACUUUACAUGUUAUGUUUAUUUUUCCUCGGAUUUUGUGAUAUUCCGUAAAUAUUAUAUCAUUAUAUAUUUAAUUUUAUAUAUUGGCAGCUACUGAAGCAUGUAAAACAGCGGAUAAUGGAGAAAUAACGUUUAUUUAAGGAGGUAGAUUAAAAAAAAAAAGUUUAGGUAAGUAAGGCGUCUGAUUAAGGAUAGAAUUCAAAAAAGGAGUACUGGUAUAUUCCUUUUUUAUUUCUCUUUGGCAUAACGCGGUUUGCGUAUUUGCCACAGACAAUAUAUUUUUUUACUCUAAGGACAGGUAGUUAUCCACAGAUUAUAAAGCACACUGGAUGCGCCAACGGCAAUCGGGGGUAUGGAGCACACUCCACCACGCUGCUCCACUGGGGAAUUGAAUAAAUCAUUUUAAAAAAACAUAUUAAGGGUGUUUGAGUGUAGUUUUCGAAGAAUGGAACUUUUGACUUGUAAACUUUGCGUAUUUCUAUUUGCAUACUUUUAGUAUAGUAAUAAUGUUUAAUUUUAGUAUCAAAAGAGGGCUUAUAGGUGUAUAUAGUUAUGUAAAGAUCUCUAAAUAUACAUAUAUGUAGGUUUUUAAUAGGUACAGUCAUGAGCAAUAUAAUGUACCCACUUUAGGACUCUGUCGCACUAACAUAUUUGACAUUAAGUGAGACUUACAGUUCAAUUUGUCAAAAAAGUUAAUGUGACAUGGUACCAAAGUGUAUUCAUAUUAAUGCUCGUGACCGUACGCUGAUACAGGAUUUAAAUUUUUUUGUUAAUAACUUGAAGGUUUAAUAAAACCUCUAAAGUUAUGAAUAACGGGACUAACGGGAAAUCACAGAGCUGGGAAAAUGGUGAAGAAAUCCCUUAAGAAAUGUAACUAAAAUGUAUUUAAUGUUUAAGCACAAUGAGGCUUAUGUAUUUUGCUAAGGAAAACUUUUUGAUAUAAAUAUCGCGGUAAGAUUGUCUAAACAUAAGUGUAAGAAGUAGAAUGGGAACGCGGGAGGCGAAAAAAUAACGGAUUAGGUGACAAGUUGCCUACGGGCGACUUUACACUUUUUAUGUUCUUUUAUAGUCUACUCGUCUGAAUGAUUUCAUGAGACUAGGCCAGUUUACACCCAAUGUAGAAUAAAGAAGUAAUUAAGUCCUUUACCACUAUACAAUAUCAUUUACAACAUUUUGGGACAUAAAAAGUUCUAAUUUGUACGCAUAUGUUAUUAUCUAUAAUGUUAUUAUACGUUGAACAUCUCUCUUGUCACGUAGGUCAGGUGGAAGAAAUCUCUUUGUUUAGAGAUAAGCUUACCUGUACUAUCUGUUUUCUUUGUAUGUUCCUUGUGUCUGUUAUUGUGUACAAAUAAAUAAAUAAAAAGUGUAAAUUCGCCCGCAAGCCAGAUGUUAAGCGGGCGACUUGCCCCCUACCGAUGGUAAGCCCUCGUUAUUUAUUGUUAUAUUAACCAACGCAUAGAAUGCUGUCUACGUAGAUACACGACGUAUGUUCAUUCGUCUCAGGCCGCGAUAAACAUGUCAUGUAACAAGCGAUUUUUGAGCCAGUAACCUUAGAAUAGUCCGUAGAUUCUCCGUUUUGACAAUCUCACCACGACAUAAUUUUUGACCAAAAUUUUUUUUAAAUAAUUAUUCUAUAAGCUUUUUUGAGGCUUUCAAAAUUUGUAGCGUAUUACAAGUGCCAUAACUACGAGGAAUUGGCUACUAAAAAAAGAUGUAAGUAUAUAUAUUCUGUCCAAAUAUAAGAGUUUAGUUUGGUAUAUAGAAGUUUAAAAAAGGCUAUUUUUGUACAAAUUCGUCACCGGAAAAGCAAAAUCACGUAAGUGGAGAAAGGAUAUUUUGAGAAAAAGCCGUUAAGUUUUUUCUUUCUUUUUUUUUAUCAUAACUUUUAACCCAGAACACGCCAUCUGAUUUAAGUUAUACCUGUCAUUUUCUUAUCUGCCGAAAAGAAAAAAUCCCGUCCCUUUCCAAAUCGACAGGCAUAAAAUUAUUGGAAUACACGUAAAUAAAUUUCGUGCAAAAUAAAAUCAAAAUUUUAUAUUGGCCAAUAAACCAAUAGAAUUAAGUUGACAGAACACGUCAAACGGGAAGCAUAUCAGAGAGAUGCCUAUUUUAAUCGCCCGGGUUAUUCAUUCACUUUAAAAUUAACAGUUGUCAAUCAUUCGUUCUUUUCGGUGGAUAAGAAAAUGACGGGUAUAACUUAAAAUAAAAUUAGGAAGUGCCUGCAAGAAUCGGAGCCGAUGUCAACGUAAGAUUACAUUGUUUUUUAAUUUUUUAUGUCCAGAUUAUAUAUAAAGCGUGGGUUGCUAUUUUAGGAUAUUUUGGCGUCAUUUUGCCUUUCCAGUGGCGAAUUAUAAUUUCGUUAAAGACUGUAUAAUUUUGUAUGGGUUUUAUUAUAGUCACAAAAUCAAUGGAAUUAAAGAAUUUUGAAAUGUU